AUGGCCAGUGACAGGAGGAGGCUGAACCAAUUGUUGACACACAGCAACUCUGAACGUGAGUCAAAUAUUCAGCAUAAAAAUUGUGGGUUCACCAGACAGAAGGUGUCCUUGUUUGUAUCCUUAGAAGGUCCCUUUUGUUUGUGAAAAAGGAUGCAGUGUUGUGUAAGGUCCUGCUAACGGGAAGGAGGGAGGGAUUUUUUGUCCAUUUUUCUCUCUAUAUUCUUCCAAGCAAUCUCCCAAAAGAUUCCACAUCCUUCUGGAGCAAAGCAUCUAUUCAUUGCUUCAGAUGCCUUGUGAAGACUUUUAUUUGCCCAGGCUUUCCCUGACCCAUAAGACUGGAUCUAUCGCUUCAAAAUUCCAGUUUUUACUUGUUCCUGUUUUUAUAAUGUUUUGUUUUCCCUGUCGGCAGUCCAACAAAAUAGCUAGAGGACCAAGAAGAGAACAAGUACAGUGGUGCCUCGCAAGACGAAAUUAAUCCGUUCCGCGAGUGUCUUCGUCUAGCGGUUUUUUCGUCUUGCGAAGCAACCCUAUUAGCGGAUUAGCGCUAUUAGCGGUUUAGCGGCUAUUAAAGGCUUAGCGGCUUAGCUGCUAAAAGGCUAUUAGCGGCUUAGCGGCUUAGAAAAAGGGGGGGGGAGCUAAAAAAAAUAUCUCAAGACUCGCAAGACAUUUUCGCCUUGCGAAGCAAGCCCAUAGGGAAAUUCGUCCUGCGAAGCAACUCAAAAACGGAAAACCCUUUCGUCUAGCGGGUUUUCCGUCUUGCGAGGCAUUCGUCUUGCGGGGCACCACUGUAUAAUAUCUGCAGAGCCUCCUGUCCUUACAGCUGUAACCCACUUGAUGGACUAUCAUCCUGGGAGAAUCUAUACCUCUUCUGAUCUGCCUCCACUUGCCUUUAGCACACACACCCCAGGAAUACUAAGGGCAGUAGUGGAGCAGGAGGCCAGCAGUAUACAAAGCUUCCCUUACAAAGUCCCUAUUGGGGACUUAGGAAAACUCCCUUGAUGUAUUCAUGUUUACGAAAUAAAUUGCGCAGAUUUCAGUUCUUUAAAAAAAUAAAUUUAAUAAACUGUAGUGAACACAGGUUACUUAACAUUUCCAAAGUUUAAACUUUUUUUUACAAAUCCACUGGCUUCAUUAUACUGCCUGUUCUACUGUGUCACUUGCUUCAAGUUUUCUGGUAGUUGAUCAACUGGAAAUCAGUCUGAGCUCCAACUACAUCAGAUGUAUUUCCCCUGCUUUCUGCAACAAUUUGUUCAACUGUUUUUGAAGUUUCAGGGUCCUGGGAGCAAGGACUAGUCAGAGCAUCGUGAGGACUGUUGCACUGAAGAGGCAAUGGCAUAUCUGGAGGAGGUUCAGAAGUCUUGCCCGCAGCAGAUGGAGUAGGCAUGGACAAAGGAAGAUUCAUCAUGUAGAAUACAUUGCCCAGCCGCCGGGACACCUUUAGAGAGAUAAGCAAUUACAGUAAUUACUUUUUAAAAAUAAUGAUUACAUUUGAUGCCCAGCUUAACUUUACACAUACGGUACAUCCUAUAGCAAAUUGUCCACAGGACUGAUAAGACAUGACAUUUGGGCCUUCUGGGUCCGGGUGAUCCAGCCAUUUCAUGGCAGCAAAUUGGACUAGUAAAUUAAUCAGGGAUGUCUUCCAUUGACUCUCCCUCUCCUCCAAAUCUAGGCAUGGCUGAAGUGCUUUGGCACAAUUUAUAUUGAAAAAGGAAAAGUGGUACUUAAUAGCAGCGGCAGAGCAAGCUGAUCUGACGCCUGGAGCAGGACACUUCGUGGGGCCUCCGAGGAGUCUGCCUGCCUCCUCCCACUCAGCUGCCCUACAGCUGAAGGAGAGGUGGCGGGCAAACCGUUUGGGGCAGUGUGGAGCCUGUGGGCACCCAAGCCACCGCUUCACUCCCAGGAGAAAUGCGUGCUUGGGCGUGCUGCAGGCCCUGCAGUGAGUGCCACCCGCCAUUUUGUCACCCCCCUCAGUGGUGACACCCAGGGCGGACCAUCCCCACCGCACCCCCUUCCUCCGCCCCUGCUUAAUAGUUCAGUGUUUUCCUUCUCUGCAAGUACUGCCAUUUAUCAUGCUCUGAGCCAUCAAUAGUGCAAGUCAUGGAUUUGAUCAGAUAAGGUUAAAGAGAGGAAGGGAGAGAGAAGCUGAGGAGACAAUAAGAGCUGCACAAUGAUUAAAAUGAAAAACAACAGUAUUUCAAGACCAAUAAGGUUAAUUCAAACUGACAGAAGAUAGGUAUGUAGGAUGGACUUGCACUAAAUCUUAAUUGUUUGUAUAGAUAAAAGGGAAGUGGAUUUUUAUUAACCUUUUUUCUUUAAAAGAACAGCCAGAGAAAUAAAUGCUAAAGUAAACAAUAUUUUACUAGUCUGGAGAAGGAAGGAAAGGGGGUAGCUGCUUCUUUUAAAAACAUUUACACGUCUCUUUUUUGGUUUUGGAAGUCAGUUUAAUCAUACGCAGGCUACCAAAUGUGUGUGCUGCAUAAAAGUUAGAGUGCAGUCUUAACACACAUGCACACAGCCAGUGUUGAUGACAUUGGCAUAUACUGUGCAACAUGCACAUUGUGUUGUAUAGAUGGGAGGCAUAUUGGAUUUUCACUCUAAAUCCUGUACAUCCUGUACCUUUCCCAGUUGUAAUAAUCUGUUAAACAUAGGUUUUAUUGUUAACCAUGUUGUAAAUGGGAUUUUUGGUCAAUUUUACUGGACUGGACUAAUUUUAACUAUUCCAGCAUUGGCUUUGCAAUGCACACUCAGUGAUGUUUCAGUCUCUAGGUUAAAUGUUUCUAGCUAUGCUUGCUAUUAAAAUUCAGGCAGUUUCAGUCUUAUUUUGUGAGUCUUGGAAUGCUACUGGAUUCUGAACUUCAUGUUGUGCUAGUGACUCUCUGGGUCUCUUGUUCCACUUUUGCACUUCCAGUUGGGUGUGGAAACAAUGAACCAAGAGCAGAGAAGCUGUUCUUUAAUCAUAUCCUGAAAACCUAUUGUGGGGAUGCAUGCAUCUCAGUGUCUCAGCCAGAUGUGGAUAUCACUAAGAUACCCUAUGUAUUCUCAGUAAUAUCCUAGCCUUUUUAAGCAGACCUAUCUAGUCUUAUGUCCAGUUACAUUUUUAAACAGCAGAGUAUGUUGUGAAUUUAAAAUGUUACAGAAAUAAUUUCCUACCUAUCAUUUGGGGUCAGGCAGAGAGCUCAAGACAAGCCACAACAAGAGAGCGAAAAUGCUAGACAUACACACAUUUUCUAGGACACAUCUUUCAUUCAAUAUUUUGAUUUUCACUAUGUCUACUGGCUGUACCUGAGACCGAAUCUUUAAUGCAGGUCCAAGUUUUAAUCCCAUUGUUUCCAAAAGAUGUUCUUCUGUGAGUAGUGGUAAGGUUUCUCCAUCAAUGGCAUGAUCUUUAAAUAUCUUUAACAAAAACGGAAAAUGUGGUUGGUGAAAACACUUUUCAAUUUUUCCACAUUGUGGCAUUUACCAAAUCAAAAGUAGCAAACAUAUGCUCUAAGUAGAGGAAAAUAUAUUUGUUUAAUGAAAAUCACAGUCAGCAGGAUAAAUCAACAGCACCCUUUUAAUUAUUUCAUCAGUGUGCCAAAUCCAGAGUUUUGGUAUUGCAGAAAAGUAUUCCAAAUGCUGUCCCUAUACCUGUGCAACUCUACACUCAGAGAUUCACCUGAGUAGAAAUAGUGCCAGAACAUUUCAUUUUGACUGGAUUUUGAUAGGUAAAGUUCCACUUUUAGAUGUGGGAGAUCUUAGACCGACAGCCAAAAAGUAACUUAAUUUUACUGAUUAGUUUAUGUUUUGGAUUUAAAUUGUAACCUGUCCAAAUCUCAACAAUUAGUUUUCCUGGAGUGUCACUUUGAGAAGUGAGCGAAUGGAGGUGGCUAGGCUAUGCCACAACUCACAACAUCUAUUAGAAUUGUAGAGUGGGAAGGGGCCACAAGGGUCCAACCCCCUGCAAUGCAAGCAUCUUAUUAGUAGUCAACCAGUACUGUGCAUUUUCUUGCCACAGGCAUUUCAUUCUCUGUGCCUCUUGGUUGGUGUCCAUUAGAGGUAUCACUCAGAGAGGAAUUUAGCCAAUGGUUCCCUAGUUACCCCAGAGAGAGCCAAUGUAAUGCCUUCCAGAUAUUGUUGUACUGCAACUCCCAUGGUCUUUGACCAUUGACUAUGCUGAUGAGAGCCAGAGUCCAACAACAUCUGGAGGGUACCAGAUUGGCUACCCCAGCCUUUCAAUGCUCUUCUUGCAUCGAGUUCCCAUUAGUCUCCCAUUCAAGGUUUUGACCAGGUCUGGACCUGCUUAGCUUUAUUAGGGAUGCAGCAUCAGGUACUCUUUGAUCAUUUUCUGUGCCAAUGUAAAUAAUGCUUUAGCUUUUCUUCACACUAUUGGAACAUUUAUUCCAUGGCAAGUAUUUCUAAGUAGUUUUUUUAUUAUUUAAUUUUUAAUCAAAAUAUACAAAAAUGUAGGGGCACAACUCCACAAAACCUGAAUUAAAUUAAGUCCCAUAAAUUUCAGAGGGCAACUUAAGCCUGUUUCACACUCUCCCACUGAAACCAAUGAGACUUAAACAUCUUUGUUUUUGGCUGAACCUUAGCCAACAAUUUCAUAUUUUGAAACCAUUGAUAGAUCCCUUUGUAGAAUAUUAAACAAAUAUUUAAUCUUUAUGACUACCUGAAUUGAACCUAUAUUAUUACUUUAAGGGGAAUGGUUUGGGAAGGAACAGGCCAAAAGGAAAUAUCUUUUUUGUAACUCCCAUUGAGUCUUAUGAGAACUGAAUGCAACUGGAUUUUCCUAUGCUUUUCUUCCUUUUCCUUACAGUUCUUACACCAGAGUUCUUUUUGUUGUUAGUGAAGUUUGUUGGUUAAAUAAAAGAAGUCAAGCCUCCAAGAACCAUCAUUCUCAUUAAGAAAACCUCAACUGUUGCAAUAACCUGUGCAUAGUCUGAACAUCCUGGAAGGCUGAUGAUAAAACUGUAUACGUCUUCAACAGUCCAUUUGCGGAUAUCUUCAAUGGCAGAAAUGUCUUCUCCAUUCAGAAUCAGGCUGGAAGUGGCUAUGGGAAUGGAAGCAAAAAAUAGUUUUUGCAUUCAGUGAGUGGCAAGCAAAUCAAAUCUUAACGUGCAGGUUUUGAAUUUAUGUUGUAUGCUAGGGGUUAAAUUAGAUAUUACACUAAAGCUGUGUGUAAAGUAACCACAACAGCCAUUUCUCCUCUUCAGAGAAAUCUUGGAACAAGAUGAUUUGCAGCAGAGCAUGAGAACGGGGAGGGGGACUUAGUUCUUCUCCUGACUUCUGUUUCUGACCCCCUCAGGGUUCCAGGGUUCUGCUUUCCCUUUUCUGGUCAUGCUUUGAAUAAAAUGGGUCACUGCACACAGUUUCGAUGCAGCUUUUAGUUUAGCCAUGACAAUACUCUGUAUCACCAUUGUUCCUUAUUACCUAUGAUUCCAUGCAUAUGGAUUUCACAGCCUAUAUGUAACACAGACUUUAGAUUUCCUGAAAAAAAUAGAUUACUUUUUUAAAAAGAAAGCUUCCUGUAGUUAUUGUAAAAAGCUUAGUUCUUGAAGUGGCAGAAUUGCACUGCAUGUAGCUACCUGUCUUCCUCCUACGUCUCCAGCCAUUCCCUUCUACAUCCCACACUCCAGAGAUUAUGAACCUCUGGCCUGGAGGUCAAAUGCUGCCCUCCAGGCCUCUCUGCCUGACCCUUGGGCCACCUGUUUCCCCAGCUGCCGCCGCCACCACUUGCUUCUCCCCAGGUCAUUCUCCUUGAGAGUUUAUGCCUGGCUGGAACAUGUUCUUAAAUUAGGAUAAUACCCACUGCUUGCCUGGAUGGGGGACAGAGAGGGAUGUGUGAGUGUGUGGAAAAACUGACCUACUGUAAAAGGUAAAAUUUACAUUUAUUGCUCUGCCUACCUUUUGUCUCUGCUCUCAUCCACCACUAGCACCCCCCCAUCAAAGUUGUUCAGAAGGGAAUGCAGCCUAUGGGUGGAAAAAUGUUCCUCACCCUUCAUUACCCAUACUUCUACUGUCACCACUGUCCAAAAAAAUCAUUUCCUAAGGCUUUCACAUUGGGCAUAGCCGGGGGGUGGGGGUGGGGUGAGCAGCUGCUAUUUUAUCAAAUAGAUAAAAAUACUUAACUAAAAGUAGAAAUUGUAGAAAGAUUUUGACAGGUAUUUAUGAGCACUUGAGGUCAAAAGAAAAUUUAAAACAGCUGUUGUUGAGACAUUUCAUUCUGAAUCUGCAAGACAGAGGAGGAUGAUAGGUGGGUGAUCCUGCCCCCCCCCAACUUAAAUCCUGGCUAUGUCCACAGCUUUCAGGUGAGGUUUUGAAAAAGCAGGCCCAUGUACAGCUCAGUGCUAAACACGGGUGCAUUUUUGCCGUUUCACUUUUUAAAGAAGGACUCCAAAGUGUGAUAUGCAGGUAGAUUUAACUUACCUGACGGUAGCAGUGGGUUGCUGGGUACAGAGAAGCCAUAUGGCAGAGCAGAGAAUGUGAACGCUGACGGAUAAGUGUACUUCUCAUCAAAGGCUGUGCAAGAACUGUUGGAAUCUUUCUCAUUUCCGUUGCUGCACCCAUUUGCUUCGCUGGGCAUUUCAUGGCUGCCAGAGUGUUUUCUCAAGCCAUGCUCGUAUUCCUUGUCAUUUUUGGUGGCUGCAGCAGAAGGCUCUGCUUGGACCUUGUUCUGUUCAUGCUUGCUAAGCAUCUCCGCUUCUGUUUCUUUUUUGUCGUCUUUCUCUUCUUCAGCGGUUGCGGAGGAAGGGUCUAUGCUCUUGUCCUCUGCUUGGCUCUUGAUGCCAUUGGUGUUACACUCGGUGGCUUUGUGAUUCCCAGCUCUUCUGCCAGGCCGACGGCCUCGCUCUCUUUGCAGAGUGCUGACGGGUGGGUACGGGCUGGUGGCCAUCACCAUGGUGUUGCCGUGAAGUUCGUCAAGAGUAGUACGAUGAAUGUACAAGUCAUUAGGAAGAUGGCCUUCGGGUACCCUGUGCCUCCCUCGGAAAGCAACUGGGCUAGCCGGCAUGCCGUGAUAAAGAAAGUGGCCUUCCAGCCCCAACAAUCCCUUGCGGUGAGCUUUCUCUAUUUCUUUUUGUUGGAAAAUGGCAUUCAUUUCCAUCUCCAUCCUAUGCAAUGA